GCGCUGCCGCUUCCUAUUCCUGACGCUCCUGGUAUCUUGAGGUGCCGUGCAGAGUGGCUGGGCCGUGGCACGGUCCCCGAGACUGGCCUGGAUGCUGCAAUCGCUGAAGGCUGGGUAGUGCUGGUCGUGCACUCCCUGAACCACCAAUCUGCUGGUCACGCUAAAGGCAGCCCAGUCCCCACAGGUCCUCUUACGGCCGCACAGGAGAGCUCGAUGCGCGUCGUUCGCAAGGCUGCCGGGUACUUCGCCUCAGACUCCGCGAAGGACUUCCAGGUCCCUGACUGGCAUGAGGUCGUUGCUGCACGUGAUGUCACGUAUGGAGGCGAGGAGGUAUCGCGGGCCCUGCCGCUCACGCUGGGAGGUGUUAUGCCAGGCCUCCCGCCGAGAGGCGUUGCUGCCUCGGUGCGUGCGCUGGACAUCGCCGAUGAGCGUGUGGCUGGGUGGCUGGCUGAUCCCACGUUGGCACUGCUGCCCAAGGCCGAGUGGCCGGAGGAGGUCCCGCGGGCUGCUACCCAGGCUAGCUCGAAGGCGAAGUGGCAUCGCAUUGGCGCCAAGCUGGUGGAGUUAGGCCUCGCGGUGCCCAUCGCCGAUGACCGGAUCUUCAAGGUGGGCAACAGGAAGGUGCUAGCAGGUGCUUUUGGGGUCGCCAAGACGGGAACUCCAACUCCUGGUCGUGAUGUGGUGCAGCGGCUCAUCAUGAACAUGGUCCCCGCGAACAGCUACCAGCGGACGAUGCGGGAUGACAUUGGGACCCUCAGCGCCUCGCCGUCGUGGGUCUCGAUUCCGCUUCCUGAGGGACAUGUGCUGCUGCGGUCGUCCGACGAUCAAGCGUCAGCAUUCUACUGCUACGAGUUGCCCGAGGCUUGGCAGCCCUACAUGGUCCUAGCUGAGGCGAGCCCCAACGAGCUCAUCGGAGUCAACGGAGCAGUGAGGACGCACAUCGCCCUGCGCGUCAUCCCGAUGGGCUGGAUAAAUGCUGUCACAGUCUUCCAACACUGCCAUCGGCGCCCCGGCUUUGGGCUGAAGCCACUUGCCGCAGGAUUCCCGCCCCAAGCUGAGUGGAGGAAGGACCGCCCGUUGCCCCUGAGAGCGAAGGAGCUGGAGCAAGCCUGGAUCGUCCAGGGUAGCCGCCUGGAUGAGUUGGCCGGCACGCUUAGCGAGGUCCAGUCUGAGCAGCGCGCCGCCUACCAGAGGAGUGGCAUCCAAGUUGCUGAAGGCAAGGCCAAGCACCGCGAGCUCGUCCUGGAGCGCAUGGGUGCCGGGCUAGACGGCAUGGUCGGCCGAGUUGGAGUCACAGUCGAGAAGCAGGUCCUGCUCUUAGCGCGCGUGAUGUGGGUGAUGGGCCAGCCUCAGGUCACGGUCAAGGCAAUGCUCUUCCGCCUGCCGUUCAUGGGGUUCCUGAACGAGUGCUGGGCUGCUGGGCAGUGGCGGUAUCCGCAAGCUGUGCCCUCGGUCAUGUGCGGCGAGCUCUUAGUCUUCUGCGUGGCCAAGAUCGACACGGGGGUGAUCGCGACGGAUGCGAGCGAACAGGCGGGCGGCAUCUGCUAUUCCGCUGGCCUCACCGCACGGGGGGUGCUGGCAGCCACAGGCGAAGGAGGACUGUGCGAGGAAUCCGUGCACGCCCCCUUCGCUGCGCCACAGAUGAUACAGUGGCGGCCGCGCGUCGUCCUGGUGGAGUUGUUCGCCAGGGCUGCCGCUACUGCCGUGGCCGCGCAUCGCCUGCCCACGAGCGUGGCCGCCCACCUCUGCUCGGAGGUAGAGCCGGCAGCGCGGCGGCUGGUGCGGCGGCGGUGGCCUGGCGUUAUUGAGCUGGGUAACGUCGAGGCCUUGGACCUUGAGAGAUUCACCCGCGUGCUUGAGGGGUUCAGGCGCGACGCCGACUGGGUCUUCAUUACCGCGGGGAGUCCGUGCCAGGAUCUCUACCCGCAACGCAAGCGCGUCGAUUGGUUCGUCGAGAAUGUGUUCAGCAUGGGCGCCGAGGCGAGGGGCCAGUUCUCGCAGGCGCUGGGCGUCACGCCGCUGCUGUUCGAGGCGAGGGACUUCACCGGGGUGCGCAGGGCUCGUCUUUUCUGGUGUUCCUGGCCCGCCUGCAGUCAUCUUCCGCAUGGCACGAGCGUCGAGAUGAAGGGCGAGGGCAUCAGUCAGUAUAACAAGGUUGAGGUCAGCGUGGAGCGCACCGCUGCUGACCCUUGGCCUCUGCCAGGGUGGAGGCUGGACGACCCCGGGGUGGACCUUCCUUGCUUCACCAGGCGCUAUUUUGAAUCAGCCGUCAAGGACGGCGUCCCCUCAGCAGAAAGAGACAUCAUCAUGGAAUGCCUUGUUGGUAAUGCUUUCUGCGUCCAGUGCGUCAUGUUCCUUUUCGGCAGCUCGCUGGCUCAAAUUGGGGCUUUGUCCGUACCACUUCCCGCCGAGCAGUGUUUGCAAGUCGGCGAGCGGGGGCCCAACUGGAACGUCGACGCAGAUUUCAAGACUCCUGGCUACAGGCACGCUGCCGCCGAGCGGGGGCUCAUCGUUGACUUCCUGUGCAUAGCCGAUCGGGGCGGCACGGACGUCAGACUUGACUCUGGAGCCCCGUACCGAGCUCGGGCGUGGCCAAGGUCGGCUCUGCGAACGUCGCUGUGGGCUUGGCGCAUUGCCAAGAGCUUCAAGUGGCAGCGACCAGCCCACAUCUCCGAUUUGGAGCUGGAGGCCGCAGUGGCUGGAGCCAGGUGGUGCUGCCGAGACGUUGCGAAGCACAGCUGCCGCUACCUGCGCCUACUCGAUGCCCAAGCGGUGGCAGCAGUCUGCACGAAGUGCAGGUCGAGCGCCUGGCGGCUCCAGCCAGGGAUCAGGUGCCUCAAUGCGCUUGCGCUCGCGACCAACUGCUGCCCGAUGUACGGCUACUCCGACACAGACGACAUGCCCGCGGACGUCCCUUCCCGCUGGACAUGGGCGCGCUGCGGCCCGGGCGAGGAGAGUGGCAGCGAAGAGCUGUCAGUCACUCCUCUCACGCGGAAGCGCUACCAGGAGGCGGUCGACAGCGUCUUUGACUGGUGGGUCGCGCAGAGGCGCGAAGUCCAUUCGGCAGUGCAAGCGGACGUGGGCCUGGUUGACUACAUUGAAGGGCGCUGGGCCGCAGGGGGGUCCCUGCUCGACGUGAACUGCGCCAUCGCAGGUAUGUGCCACCACUUCCCCCCUCUCCGCGGUCGUCUUCGAGAGAGCUGGCGCCUGGCUCGCGCGUGGCAGCGUGCGGAGCCGGCAGGGCGUGCGCUUCCAAUCGCACCGCUCAUGGCACUGGCGUUCUCCGGCGGCUUUCUCACGGCUGGGUUCCCAGCCGCCGCCGCCAUCCUGCUGGCAGCCUAUGACACGUACCUCAGGACAGGGGAGAUCAUGGCGCUGCGAUGGCACGACAUCGCUAUUUAUGAGAAUUCAGGUUCAGCCAUGAUCAGGCUGCGCGACACCAAGAGCCAGCACCAGACGGGAGCAGGAGACUUCGUCAUGGCGCGCUCGCAGACGGCAGCGGCGCUGCUGCUGAAGGCACGCGAGCUGGCAGGGGCUGCCAGCCGGCGCGAGCAGCCAGCCAUUGGCAUAGCGUCCGCUGCCUUCCAGCGGGUGUUCGCGGAGAUCUGCUCGUGCCUCCAGCUGGAGGACCAGAGGCUCACCCUCUACAGCUGGAGGCGAGAAAGUGCCAGCGCCGACUUCCGCUCGCGCGGGUCCAUGGAGACCACGCUGCUGCGCGGGCGCUGGGCCAGCGUGCGGGCGGCGCGCCUGUGCGUCCAG